UCAACCCAUUUUUCUUCCAACAUCCCUCGCAAACGCGAUUGGCCAAGCUCUCGUAUUGUUCACGACGAGUUAUGGCCUCUCGACAUGUCUUCUUCUUCCGUCUUUAGGUUGUUGAUCUCCAAUCGACGAAGAAGAGCUUCAGUCGUCGUUUGCUACAGGAGAUUUUUCUGCCUUUUUAGAUAGGAGUUUUGAUCUUACACUGCGGUGAAGUUGAGAUUGUUGCACUUUUAGCACUAGAGGUUGGACCUUUAGUCAGUUCAGGUGGGAGAUGGAAGGGAAAUGGUUGUCGAGGUUGGUCGCGGCCGUGGUGUUUGCAGUACUCUGCUUCUUCUUGGCGACGGCGCAGGUGGCCUCGGCAGAUCGAGGCCUCAAGCUUAUGAACCCGAACAUUAAUACGAUCGCAAGGGGAGAGAUGAAGAGGGCUUUGAAACGUUCGCAGCAGGAAGAUGGAUCAUCUUACUCUCACGUUUGGCCGGCUAUGAAAUUUGAGUGGAGAAUUGCGGUGGGCUCCGUGAUUGGAUUCUUGGGAGCAGCUUUAGGCAGCGUAGGGGGUGUUGGUGGGGGUGGCAUCUUCGUCCCCAUGCUCACCCUCAUCAUUGGUUUUGAUCCUAAAUCAUCAACUGCACUGUCAAAAUGUAUGAUCAUGGGCACAGCAUGUUCCACUGUCUACUACAACCUUAGGCUGCGGCAUCCGAGUUUAGAUGCGCCGCUCAUCGAUUACCGCUUAGUUAUGCUCAUUCAACCCACGCUCAUGCUUGGAAUCAGUAUAGGUGUUAUUCUCAAUGUAAUAAUUCCUGAGUGGAUGGUUACGCUUCUCCUGAUCAUCCUCCUCUUAGGGACGUCAGUGAAGGCUUUCAUGAAAGGUGUUGAAACAUGGAGAAGAGAGACAACCCUUAUGAAGGAGGCUGCCAAAGGCCUUGGAUCCAACAGUAGAUCGACACAGUACGAGCACAUUCCUCUGUCUCCAAGCAAUUCUGACCAAGAAGAUGAAGAGACAGCACGAGAGCCAGUGGUCCCAGUUCUCCAAAAUGUGUGCUGGAGGGAGUUUGGUCUCCUUGUGCUUGUUUGGAUGGCAUUCCUUGUGUUGCAGGUCACAAAGAACUACACAGCUACAUGUUCGACAUGGUACUGGUUCUUGAACUUACUGCAGAUUCCUAUCGCUGGAUCGGCGACUCUGUACGAAGCAGUUAGUUUAUACAGCGGGAGGAGGAAGAUUUCUUCCGGAAGAGAGGAAGGGACAAAGUGGAGGGUGGCUCAGCUCUUUAUUUAUUGUUCCUGCGGCGUCGUCGCCGGAGUAGCAGGUGGCCUGCUUGGCCUUGGGGGAGGCUUUAUCUUGGGUCCGCUCUUCUUGGAACUCGGACUUCCUCCUCAGGUCUCCAGUGCGACAACAACCUUUGCCAUGGCAUUCUCGUCCUCCAUAUCUGUCGUAGAGUACUACCUUCUAAAUCGUUUCCCUCUCCCAUAUGCUGUCUACUUUAGUUUGGUGUCAGCAGUUGCUGCAUUUAAUGGACAAGUCGUAGUAGGAAGAUGGAUCGUAGCGAUGGGGAGGGUAUCUCUCGUCAUCUUCAUAUUGGCCUCGAUGAUCUUUAUCAGCGCACUCUCGUUAGGCGGGGUUGGUGUCUCAGACAUGCUAAAGAGGAUUGAAAAGCACGAGUACAUGGGCUUUGAGAACCUUUGCGGAUAUCAACCGUAGCAUUCAUCAUAUAUAAGAACAUUCCAGCUUGCUGUAAAAUUGUCACUCUGAUGUCUCCCUUUUAAUUCAUUGUAAUAAUGCUUUUCAAGGGUGGUAGCAAUUCACAUCUC